AUGGCCUUUCCAUCCACAUACCUCCUCAUGACUACUCUCCUCUCUAUUGCAUUCGCCUUGUCCUCGGCCCAACUCCUACUUAGUGGUGGAAUAUUAGGGGGUGUUAUUACUUGUACAAACACUUCAGUGGCCAUAGCCGGAACAUACGAUGUGAUCCCACAAGCAAAAGUGGAUCUUGUAUGUGGAAGUGGUUCUGUUUCACAAGUCGUAAAAUCGACCGUAACAAAUACUGCCGGAGUUUAUACUUUCAUUUUCACAUCAUUGGAUACUAUUUUAAACGACCCUGGAAAAUGCUUUCUUUUGGUGACACUACCAAUCAACUCGUGCAUAUUCAACAUCCCCAAUGGUGUUCUCAGAAUCCCUAUUGCUGUGCUUGGCACUGUUGAUGCCUUGGUUGGGCAUUUGCUGGUAUUGGCUCAUGGUCCUUUGAGUUAUGUACUUCCUAACUGA